GGCACGCGUGGGUCUGGGGCGAGGAUCUUGGGGCCGCGUGUUCCAGCCGGGGUUCGGAUCGCUGAGGCACGCGGGCCUGGGCGUCCGGGCGCCGUCCCAGUCGGUAACCUCAACCUUGCUGAAUGCUCCAGAAGCCAUCCAGACUGAGGAAGACCCGGAAACUCCGGGGCCACGUGAGCCACGGCCACGGCCGCAUCGGUAAACACCGCAAGCACCCAGGAGGCCGCGGUAAUGCUGGAGGCAUGCAUCACCACAGGAUCAACUUCGACAAAUAUCAUCCAGGUUACUUUGGGAAAGUUGGUAUGAGACAUUACCACUUAAAGAGGAACCAGAGCUUCUGUCCGACUGUCAACCUGGAUAAAUUGUGGACACUGGUCAGUGAGCAGACACGCGUCAAUGCUGCAAAGAACAAGACUGGAGCUGCUCCCAUCAUUGAUGUUGUGCGAUCAGGCUACUACAAAGUUCUGGGGAAGGGAAAGCUCCCUAAGCAGCCUGUCAUCGUGAAAGCCAAAUUUUUCAGCAGAAGAGCUGAAGAGAAGAUAAAGGGUGUUGGAGGCGCCUGUGUCCUGGUGGCUUGAAGCCACCCCGGGAGGUUAAUUAAAUGCUAACAUUUUCCAAGUGG